AUGGGCGACAAAACGCCGAAGAGCCCGAAGGAAAAGAAGGAGAAGAAGGAGAAGAAGGAGAAGAAGGAGAAGAAGGAGAAGCGCGAGCGCGAUGAAUCGUCCGGAGGCGAUCAAUCGGGAAGCGAGGAAAAAGCCGAAAAAAAGAAAAAGGUGGACGACGCCGACGACGGCGAGGACAGCGACUCGGGAUUCAAGGUGCACGCGAAAAAGUCCGCGGAUGAAUUGAAGCCGGGUAAGGUGUCGACGGGGAACUACGAGGACGUGACGCUGAACUGCCGGGAUUGUAACGGGGAGUUCGUGUUCACCGUCGGCGAACAAGAGUUUUACGCGACGAAGGGCUGGACGAACCAACCGACGCGGUGCGAACCGUGUAAAAAGGCGAAAAAGGAACGAUUCGGAGAGGACGUGCCGAAGUGCUACGCGUUUGAACGCGGCGAGUGCGAUCGGGGCGAUUCGUGCCGAUUCUCGCACGGGCCGGGGAGCGCGGCGGGACGCGGCGGCGGCGGCGGUCGCGGCGGCGGCGGCGGCGGCGUGUGCUACGCCUUCCAAAACGGUAACUGCUCGUACGGUGACUCGUGUCGAUUCUCGCACGAUCCGAACGCGCCGCCGUCUCGUCCGGGCUCUCGCGGUCCCGCUGGCAAGUGCUACGCCUUCGCCGAAGGAAACUGCACCCGCGGCGAUUCGUGCCGGUUUUCGCACGCCUAG